AUCAUUGUCACAGUGUCACAACCACAAUGAUUGUCGCCGGGGCCGAAAAUCCCGCAAUCAACGACCGCUUGAGACGAUUGAAGGCUUUUGACGAAUCUAAAGCCGGAGUCAAAGGCCUCGUUGACUCCGGCAUCACCAAACUCCCACAAAUCUUCAUUCGCUCCCCGGAAGAGGUUACCGCCGGCGACCCAUCUCCGGGAGAACCGACACCGACCCAGUUCAGGAUCCCAGUCAUCGACCUCAAGGAUAUCUCCGGAGGCCGCGCCGGAGUAGUGGCGGACGUAAGACAUGCGGCGGAGACGGUGGGGUUUUUCCAGGUGGUGAAUCACGGGAUCCCCGUGAAGCUUCUGGAAGAGACGCUGACAGCGGCACGUGAGUUUCACGAGCUGGCACAGGAGGUGAAAGGAGAGUACUACACAAGGGAGAUGAUGAAGAAAGUGAAGUAUGUUAGCAACUUUGAUUUGUAUCAAUCAAAGUAUGCUAAUUGGAGAGACACACUGUUCUGUGUUAUGGGCCCUGAACCCCUUGAUCCUCAAGAACUGCCUCCCCCAUGCAGGGAAGUGACAAUGGAAUAUUCAAGGCAAGUGAAGGGUUUGGGGAAGGUGUUAUUUGAAUUGCUAUCAGAAGCACUUGGACUUAAGCCUGAGCAUCUUGCAAGCUUGGAUUGUGCAAAAGGGCACUCAAUUUUAUACAAUUAUUACCCACCAUGUCCUGAGCCAGAACUCACCAUGGGAACUACCAGACACUCUGAUCCCGAUUUCCUAACUCUUCUGCUUCAAGAUCACAUUGGUGGCCUCCAAGUUUUGACCCCAAAUGGUUGGAUUGAUGUGCCUCCUCUUCAUGGAGCUAUAGUAGUCAACAUUGGAGAUUUGCUACAACUUUUCAACGCCGCCAAGAUUGCCGCCAUCAGCCACCAGACGCGCCGCCAGAAUCUUGUUGCCCGCCUCCAUUAUUUCUCCUUCAGAAGGUUCAGCAGCCGUUGGAUCUCGGCUCCAAUCGAACGAUUCUCGCGCUCCACGUGUCGCGACGCGAUCCCUCCUCGCCCUCUAGCCUUUCAGCAGCAGUUGAUCUCGGUGCAAAUCCAACGCUCCUGGUGCUGCCACUUGUUGCAAUGAAGCUAUCCUUGGCCGACCCACGAACGCUUGAUCCGACCCGCGCUUCCACCUCGCUGCCAGCGUGUCUCUCUCCCUCCUCUCAGGUGCCGUCACAUGUCAUUGUUCGCUGACGUGGCGCUGACGUGCCUGCUGACGUGGCGGACAAGUGAGACCCUCCCUAAGGUUUUUUG